GCGGGACGGGGCGGCCCGGGCGCGGUGACGCGCAGCUGGACCGGCGCCCCCAGCGGCGGGGCAGGCGGCGGGCGAGGGAGCGGGGCCCGGGCCCAUGCUGCUGCCCCUGGCCUGUCUGCACGGCCGGGUGGCGCAGUGUCUGGCCGCGCUCCUGGUGCUGGCGGAGCCCACCCCGAGGCUCCGGCGCGGCCCACGGACGCCCGGCACCCCGCCCCCGCGCGCCAAGGCCCUGCCCGUGAAGAUGGCCGCGGAGCUGUACGCGCCCGCCGCCUCCGCCGCCGCCGCCGCCACCGCCACGGACAUUGCCAACAGCAACGCCACCACCGCGGUCAGGAAGGGCCCGCCCAGCGCCCCGCCGCCGGCCCCGCCGCCGCCCCCGCCCGCGCUGCCCGCGCCCGACAACAACAACGUGGAGAGCCCCAACUGGCAGUCCUGCCACCCGACCCUGCGCGAGAGGAACGCGCUCCUCUUCAACAACGAGCUCAUGGCCGACGUCCACUUCGUGGUGGGGCCCCCGGGCGGGGCCCAGAGAGUGCCUGCCCACAAGUACGUCCUGGCCGUCGGUAGCUCCGUCUUCUAUGCCAUGUUUUACGGGGACCUGGCAGAAGUCAAGCCCGAGAUCCACAUCCCGGACGUGGAGCCCGCGGCCUUCCUCAUCAUGCUCAAGUACAUGUACAGCGAUGAGAUUGACCUGGAGGCGGACACCGUGCUGGCCACGCUCUACGCGGCCAAGAAGUACAUCGUCCCCGCGCUGGCCAAGGCCUGCGUGCACUUCCUGGAGACCAGCCUGGAGGCCAAGAACGCCUGUGUGCUGCUGUCGCAGAGCCGGCUGUUUGAGGAGCCCGAGCUGACCCAGCGCUGCUGGGAGGUCAUCGACGCGCAGGCGGAGAUGGCCCUGCGGUCCGAGGGCUUCUGCGAGAUCGACUGGCAGACCCUGGAGGUCGUCGUCACCCGGGAGGCCCUCAACACCAAGGAGGCGGUGGUCUUCGAGGCCGUGCUCAACUGGGCCGAGGCCGAGUGCAAGCGGCAGGGCCUGCCCGCCACCCCCCGCAACAAGAGGCACGUCCUGGGGCCGGCCCUCUACCUGGUCCGCAUCCCGACCAUGACCCUGGAGGAGUUUGCCAACGGCGCCGCCCAGUCGGACAUCCUGACGCUGGAGGAGACGCGCAACAUCUUCCUGUGGUACACGGCGGCCAACAAGCCCCCGCUGGACUUCCCGCUGACCCAGAGGCGGGGCCUGGCCCCGCAGCGGUGCCACCGCUUCCAGUCCUCCGCCUACCGCAGCAACCAGUGGCGCUACCGCGGGCGCUGCGACAGCAUCCAGUUCGCGGCGGACAGGAGGGUGUUCGUGGCGGGCCUGGGCCUGUACGGGUCCAGCUCCGGGAAGGCCGAGUACAGCGUGAAGAUCGAGCUCAAGCGCCUGGGGGUGGUCCUCGCCCAGAGCCUGACCAGGUUCGUGUCCGACGGCUCCAGCAGCACCUUCCCGGUCUGGUUCGAGCACCCGGUGCAGGUGGAGCAGGACACCUUCUACACGGCCAGCGCCGUGCUGGACGGCAGCGAGCUCAGCUACUUCGGGCAGGAGGGCCUGACGGAGGUGCAGUGCGGGAAGGUGACCUUCCAGUUCCAGUGCUCCUCCGACAGCACCAACGGCACCGGGGUGCAGGGCGGGCAGAUCCCCGAGCUCAUCUUCUACGCCUGAGGCCGCGGGCGGGCGGGCGGGCGCUGGGGGGACGGGGCCGCUCGCUUUCCCCCGCGGGACAGGCUUCAGGACUCCAGACCGUUUGUGCGCAGCUGCUGUAGCCAGAGGUAUAAGCGAGACGUUUCCGCACGGCCAGAGCCCAGUUCUGAAUCCAGGGGCUGGGCCUCAUCACCUCUCCUGCACGUUGGGGUGCACACUCAGGUGGAGGGCGGAUUUGGGGGCGUGGGCAGCCUGGACCCCACCGGAGGUGCCCACCCCACCUGCUCUGUGGGCUUGGCCGUCCCUCCCACCCUCCUAGAUCUUGUUCUGAGUUGUUCUAAGCUUAAGACCUUCCCACCAAAUCUAAAACCUGGGAAAAGUCAUUUAAUAUCGUUUCUCUUGAGUUUUAAUAAAGUGAGAGCCACAGGCAG